AUGAUUGCCAGCUCAAUCUUCACAAUCACCAACUACGUCAUUUACGAUGUGAUCAGCUUGAUUCUCCUUGCUUUUGCCGGCAACAAUAUACUGGGUCUUGUGGAAGGAUCAAACGAUCUUGUCUGGGCGCUUUUCUUUCACCUAGGAGCAAGUUCAAUCAGCUGCUUUUGUUUUCGACGUCGGAAAGAAAAGCCCCGCAAUGUGAUUGUCGUCUCGCAGACCACUCAGAUCCCCUUAUCGAGCCGA